AUGCCUGUUUGCUUCCUAAUCCUGCCAGUAAAGAAUCAAACACAGAAAAGGGAAAAAAGCUUAUAAAAAAACGCGGAGAAAUAUAAGCAGAUAUCCUCAAUGACUCUUCAUCCACCUCUCUUCUCCUUUUCUUCUACUCUUCCGAAUAUACCCUCGAAUCUCACAAUUCUCUUCCAAAAACACCCUUGACCUUUUCCCCCUUUUCUACAACCUCUCGUAGCUUCAAUUGCUGGAAGAGAAAAAUCAGAUGAGAUUUCUAAAACGGAUUGCGGGUAUUCUAGGGUUAUUGAAGGACGAAAAUCACGACCCGAGCGAUGAAGACAACAACAACAACAACAACAACGACAGCAGCGGCGAUCAUGCUGACAAGGAACAGACACGUCGUCGCCGGCCCACCAAAGGUUUCAGCGUGCAGGUCCCUGUCUCCGUUGAUCGAGCUGUGGCGAGCCAGGGCCCCCUCCUUGUUCAGUGCAGUCUUGGCGAUGGCGGAGUUCAGGGUUUGAGGUGGUAUGCAAAGCGCCUCAGAAUAGAUGAAGAUGGGGAUGUAGCAGAUGAGUUCCUCGAGGAGGUCUUGCCAGAAGCAUCUGGACCAGACGGUCAAGGAGCAUUUCCAAAAUUUGCAGUGAAGUACAAUACACGACCAGCGAAAGUACGAAACCAGAUAAUAGCUGCAGAUGGGAAUAUCCGUCAUUGUGUGGAGUACAAAGGCAGAUUGCAAUGGGUCUAAGUAAUGCUAAAGCUGGUUUUUGGGUCGUUUCUAUUCUUUCGAAUAAUUCAUAUUUACCAUCUUGUGGAGCAAGUUAUACAAACAGUGGCUCAAACAGUGGCUCUCUCUCUCUCUCUCUCUCUCUCUCUCUCUAACUUGGUUUAAUUUCUUAUAUGGGCCUGUUUGGAUGGCAUUCAAAUGCCCUAGUUAUUCCUCUGCACGUUUGGAAAAUGCAGGUGGAGCAAAUCAGUAAGACGAUUCCACAGCAUGUUUAUGUGAUUUGACCAAACACUUACUCCUGUAAUAAUUGGAGUGGUAAUUGGACGUGCAGUGGUGUGAAGUGCGGAACUGCCAAUCUGUCUUUGUUGACAUCCAAACAGGCCCUUGAGAGUACAGUAUGUAGUAUUCUGUAGCGUGUAUUGAUCGAAACAGCCCUGUAUUUAAAUAGAUGGGCACUUAUUCGAUAACCUCAUAUAGUAAUUCAAUGGAUCAUUUUAACAUUGGU